GGUUUGCUCAGCUCAGCCCUCUCACAGUGGCAGAUAGUUGUAGGUCGGGACUGGGGGUAGGCUAUCUCGGAAAUAAUCUGCCCACGCGUUAAGCUGCUUUAUCCCCGGCAAGCCUCAGCCGGACAGAGACGGCUGCAGCUCCGUUACCAGCCAGAGGGAAGUCGGAAUUAGAGUGGGAGAAAGAAAAAGUGACACAGGCUGCGGAGACAAGUUUGAAAAAAUAUUUUCAGGGUGACACAAUCAGAGUCAAGUGUGCGCUCGGUUUGCAGCAUACAUGGAGACCUGACUGGACCCGGACCGACAGACCUGAAGCUGAACCGGCUGCCGUGCGUUAAGUCUGGGAGGCAGGAGACAUAAAACAAAGUGCACACUGGGAAUUUAACCACAGAGAGAAGCUGGCACCGGUGGUUUGGGCAUGGACAACACUGGAUUUUGGAUAUUCCUGAUGACAACUUGUGUUAUUCCAGGAAUAAAUGGCCAGACUGUGGAAAUGGAUGACGGGAAGUGGGGGUAUGUUGGCUCAAAGGCCGAUCUCCGCUGUCGGUUCAUCAACAGCUCCCCGCCGGUCAAAAUCUCCCAGGUAACAUGGCAGAAACUGGUUAAUGGCACUAAGCAGAAUGUGGCGAUCGCCAAUCCCUCCCUGGGUGUGUCCGUGGCCCCGCCCUACAGGGACCGUGUCACUUUCAAGAACGCGGCGGUGAGGCGACGAACUCCGACUCUUGAAGACACUACAAUCACCUUCUCUAUGCUCCGCCUCUCUGACGAGGCAACCUACAUCUGUGAAUACACCACGUUCCCCGCAGGGAACCGAGAAAAUACCGUAAACCUCACUGUCUUCGUUCGCCCGACAACUCAAAUGAGUCUGUCCACGCCGACGCUGGUGGCUCGUUCAUCCAAUCUGAAAACACCCGUGGCCACAUGUGUCUCUGCCAAUGGAAAACCACCUGGUACCAUCAGGUGGGAGACAAGGGUGCCGGGAGAGGCGACCUCCCGAGAGUACAGAAACUCAGACGGGACAUUCACCGUUCAAAGUGACUACAUUUUGGUGCCCAGCAAAGAAACACACAAGGAGACGCUCACCUGUGUCACCACCUACAACGAGGAGGUCUUCACUGACAGCGUCACCCUCGAUAUUCAGUAUGAGCCAGAUGUUUCAGUGGAUGGGUUUGAUGGAAACUGGUAUCUGAGCCGAGAGAACGUCCAGCUGAGCUGCCAAGCUGACGCCAACCCAGCCGUCUCUCUGUAUCAGUGGAGACUGGUUAAUGGCUCCAUACCGAGCAAUGCUGAGAUCCGAGACAACGUCCUGACCUUUAAAGGGCCAAUCACAUAUGACGUGCAAGGUACCUAUGUGUGUGAUGCAACCAACAGCAUCGGGACACGAUCAGCCUCUGUGGAGGUCAGCAUUAUAGAAAAGCCAUUACCACAGAUCGCAACAGGUGAUGUCAUCAGCGUAAUCGCCUUAUUACUGGCUGCUGGAGUGCUCAUGGGCAUUACUAUCACAGUCCUGGUGCUCAAAAUAAAAAGUAGAAAAGACAACUCCUCAAAUGACUCUCCGUCCAGAAAACUGUCCCAGCCGAUAAGGAAAAGACCAGGAGAUGAUAUCCAGCAUUCAGGACGGUUUUAUGAAGAGCUUCCAAACACAGCGGACUAUGUGAGCUACAGACUGGCCUGUAACAAGGAGGACUACCCAGAGCCCUACUCCCCUCCCAUUAACCCUCCUCUCUCAUUUCUGCCCCAACAACCCUACCACUCAUCCCAACCAACCACUGCAACCUGCAGCAGCAGCAGCAGCAGCACCACCACGUCAAAGAACACCUUCUCUCCUCCUUCACAUACCAUGGCCAUCUUUAAAUACCCCUCGGUACCGGGCCUGUCUUCUCCUCCCCCAGGAGUAGCGGCGUACACUUUUCCCAAAGAGCAGUACGUCUGAACAGACACUUCAUCACAAACUGAAAUCCCUCCAGCGAGCUUAGAUGAAACUACCUGAUUUAAAUCCAAUUCUUUCCUAAGAGGAGGUUGUUGUGUAACCCUGGACUAUCAGGUAGUGUCUCUGCACUGUCUGCACCACUGUGGAUGGCUCUGGAAGUCAACAAUGCAGCUUUUGUUUUUGGACUUGGAAUUGAUUCCAAUUUUGAAACAAUUUUGUCUCUUUUGACUGUUCUUUUAUUCUGUUGUUUAUUAUUUGAAAAGGGAAGAUUGUUGAACCAUGUUGCAAAUGCCACAAAGUUUUAGGAUAGAGGACGGUCAAGUUAAAGAAGACUGGGGAAACAUAUUAAAUGGUUAUAUAACAUUUGAUUGGAAAAUACUUCGAACUGACUAGAUGGGAUUAUCUUUUGAUGUCCAAUGGUGGACCCCUUAUUUUGUCCUCUCUGGAAUCAUUUUGUAAAAAAAAAAAAUGAAAAAGAAACAAAAAAACAGAUUAUUAUUUCCUACUUAAUCUCGAAUACCCACUCUCUUUAUCCUGUGUAGUAUACACUGACAAUCCCUUCAGUGAGGACCAGCAGACCUCACCUUUUGGUUUUACCUCCUAAUCUGAUGUAAUACUUUUUCUGUGCUUGUGUUUUGUAUCAUUUAUGUUUUUCUUUGCAAAGGAAAAAGAAACAUUUUUAUUUACUAAAGACAUUUAUGAAAUCGAUGUUUUUAUUUGUGGUAUCUGUGGGUUUUAGUAUUCAUUGACACUGGUUGUUGCAUGAGCCUUGACUUUUUAGCAUUAAAUAAAAAUGAUUAUGUAAA